CGUCACUACGUCAGAGGUCAAAGCAUUCAACAUUCGGCGCUAGCAUCUCUGAAUGUAUAAAUUUAUAGACUUUUGCGUGAGUGCAAAUUUAAAAGAAAGUGAUCGUGAUAAAGUAAAGUUUUUUAACAAAUAUGAAUCAUUCAAUGCGUGUAUGAUAAAAUUAUAGUUAAAUCAAUUUGAACGUGAUAUAAUUAUAAGUUUGAUGAAUAUAUCUAACCUUCAAACGUACACGCAAAAAUGGUGAUAUACGGUGUUUACAUCGUGUCAAAAUCUGGUGGCUUGAUUUUUAAUCACGAUCAUAAUGUUCCGAAAAUUGAAGUUGAAAAGUCCUUCAAUUUUCCACUCGAUAUUAAAUUAAACUAUGAAAAUAAAAAAGUGGUGGUAGUUUUUGGACAAAGAGAUGGGAUUAAUGUGGGUCAUGUAUUGACUGCUGUGAAUGGAGUUGCAGUCGCAGGACGUGAACUUGAAGAUGGACGAGAUGCGUUAGAAAUGUUAGAGCAGUCAGAAAAUUUUCCUAUAACAUUGAAAUUUAGUCGAGCAAAAAUGACAACAAAUGAGAAGAUAUUUCUAGCUUCGAUGUUUUAUCCGCUUUUUGCUAUAGCAAGCCAACUGAGUCCUGAACCACGCAGUUCAGGGAUUGAAGUUCUUGAGGCAGAUACAUUUCGUUUAUAUUGCUUCCAGACAUUAACAGGCAUUAAGUUUAUGAUAGUAGCAGAACCGUCACAACCAGGUAUGGAAAUUUUAUUGAAAAGAGUAUAUGACUUAUAUGCAGAUUAUGCAUUAAAGAAUCCAUUUUACGCAUUGGAAAUGCCUAUUCGAUGUGAAUUAUUUGAAACUAAUCUACAAACAUUAUUAGAAACAGUCGAAAAAUCUGGUAUAAGCAAUGUUUAAUGUAUAUGUUGAGCAUGUUAUAAAAAAAUUACUAAGAAUUUAAGAUUAUU